AUGCCUACAAUCCUGAAGUUCCGAUGGUAUGACUUUACGGCAGCAACAGAAGAGAGCGAGUUCUCCGACCUGACGAUGGUCUGCAAGUUCCUGAACAGCGAAGCAGACAAAUGUGGAGCCUUCGCGACCUCAGAAGAGAAGAGCGGGUUCAGAAGAACUCAUCGACAAGUGACGCAUUCUACGAGGGAAAAGGACUUUAAAGAAAAAGAUACAAGACAGUCAACAGAAAAGACUUAUCCUAUGUGCCAAGCUGGACACUUCAUCGUCGACUGCCAGAAGUUUCAGAAGACGUCAGUGCGAGAUCGAUGGGCAACAGUAAAGAAAAGUCACGUUUGCUUCAAAUGUCUUCAAGGAAAACAUCGAAAGGAGAGCUGCAAGAAACCACCAUGUAAGGAAUGCAAGAGGUGGCAUCAUCAUUUGCUGCACGUCGAAUCAGAAAAUAGGACCUCGGGAGAGAAGAAGGCGGAAACACAAGAAGAAGUAACAAGCGUCAUGACAUCAGUGAAUGCAGUCAACAACGCAAGGGCAUAUCUGAAGAUAGUUCCAGUAGAAGUCUUCGGGCCAAAAGGAUCCAAAAGAAUAUUGGCCCUCAUGGAUGAAGGGUCGACAGUGUCGCUUAUUGAUGCAAAGGUGGCAGAAGAAGUCGGCGCUCAAGGCAACAAAGAGGAGCUGGUCAUCGAGACAGUAGGAGGCAGACUCCAGCAUCGUACUUUCCUGGAUAAAAAGAGACCCGAGAACCUUCUCUUCAUGGAAGAGGCUUUGGCGAGCCACAGCGAGGGUACUGCAGUUCUUACAACUCUGCAGAAAAAGGAAGAAGGUCAACGUCUGCAAAAAUGA